GCGGCGGCGGCGUGCACCAGCGCGACGGACCGCGUGGCGCACACGCUGCUCACCGCGCUGGCGCACCAGCCGCACCACGGGAAGGAGCACGCGCACAAAUUAUCCCGCAUGGAGGCGUCCGUUCGCGCGGUGUGGGCCCGCAUAUGGGGCGCCGGCGCGCGCGCGCUGCCGCUGGCCGCCGCCCUGCUGCGCGGAGCGCCCGCCCGCCACCACCACCAUCUGCUGGCCGCGCUCGAGGUGCUGCCCGACCACGACCUGUUCGAGAGUGAGGAGAUCCACGGCAUCCUGGACUGCUUCCUGAACAUGACGAAGCAGCAGAGCGGCCGAGACUCUGCGCUAGCGCACCGCGUGUGCGCGCUCGUCCGCCGCUACACCGCGCGCCGCCCGCACCGCGCCGCCGCGCUGCUGGCCGCGCACCGCGAGACCGUCGCGAGCACGCCAGCAUUGAGCGCGCUGAGCGGCGGCGACGUGUCGGCGCCCGCGUCGGCCGCGCCGCCGCCGCACGCGCUGCUCCAACUGCAACGCCGCAGCGAGCCGCCCGCGCAACUACAUUGGUCGCUGCAGGAGAUCGAAGCGUGGGGCAACCGCAGGGGCGGUGCUUGGGGCGGGCCGGCGCACGCGGCCGCCAUCUUGCGCGCCGCCGCGCCGCUGUGCGCGUCCUCGCACGGGCCACUACGAGCCGCCGCGCUCUCACUGCUGCCUAAACUGCUGCCUGCCGUCGCUGAUACGCGCCCGGCAACCAUCAGUCCGCUGGGCCGUUAUCCGGCCCCUGACAUUCGCCUCGUCGAGAUCACGUCGGAUUUCGAUCUUGCUAAGGCUCAGUUUAUGAAUCGAGAUUUCCAGCUUGAACUUGCUAUUCUUCUACUCAAGGACGAUGAACAGUAA